UUCCACAAAAAACGUGAUUGAGUUGUCGAAAGAAACACUAUUUUCUGUCAUAGCCACUCUUUGAAGAGUCAAUCUCCUAAAAAGCGAGACUUUUUAGCCACCCAUUGAAUCUCAGUGAAACUAAAAUAAUUAUGUUCGCUAACAGUAGAAGAGAAAGUUAAAUAAAUACAAAUCGACGGAAUAGAAAUUGAAAGAGUGAAUUAAAUCACAUUUCUUGGUAUAGGGAUCGAUGAUAAAAUUAACUGGAAAUCUCAUAUAAAAAAUAUACAACAUAAGGUGGAAAGAAACAAGUCAAUAAUGAAUAAAGUAAAAUACGUAUUGGACCAAAAAUCACUUCAUAUUCUCUACUGCUCGCUAGUGUUACCAUAUCUGAGUUAUUGUGUAGGAAUAUGGGGAAACAACUACAAAUGUACACUUUAUUUAGUAACUGUGUUUAGGGAUGUGCCGAUCCGAUAUUUGGAUCGGAAUGGCCGCCGAUAUUUGCCAAAAAAUGCGUAUCGGCAAGGCAUGGGAAAAUGCCGAUCCAGAUCCAGUUUUUAAAAAAAUUCCGGUCCGUGUUUUCCAACGCACCGAUUUAAAUAAUACAUUCCACUUUUCCGUUGCUCCCUAAUUUCCGUUCCGCAUUUUCCAGCACACCUUCAACACAGUCGAGUAUACGUUCUCACGCAGUUGCUUUUAGCUGCUAGCAUUACACGACAGGCUCUUCUCACUCCUUCUUGUGUCUGCUUCUCACAGACAGCAAGCACACCUUCUUACAUACGUCACAUACGUAUACGCCCUCUCCCAGCAGAGAGGUAGCAGCACGGCUAACGUUAGCUGUGAUGCUAGCGUAGCCGUGUGAGCGGUAAUAAUGAAGGAAGAAUUAAUUAAUUCCCAAGAAAAACAGCAGGGGGUCCAUCGUCUGGCGGUGGUUUGGCUUCAAGUGGGAAUAUGUCGAACAGACAACCGUAAUUUGUCAAGUGUGGGGCAAAAGCGUUGCUAUAAAAAGUAGCAUUACUGCUAAUAUGUAGCAUCCUUUGAAAAGUCCCCUGCUAGAAAAUGAAGAGUGUUUGAAACUGCACGUCAACAUCUCCAUUGUGUAUUAUUCAAACUCACCCUAAUUCAGCUGGCUAGUUGUUAUCAAGAGUACUACAACCCUUUUCAACAUGAAUCUGACAACUAAGUAGGCUAAAUAACUUUAAACUUUAAUACAUGCUCGGAUAAGGCCAGUAUCGGUAUCGGAUCGGAAGUGCAAAAACAACAUCGGUAUCGGAUCGUAAGUGCAAAUACCUGGAUCGGGACAUCCCUAACUGUGUUACAAAAAAGUAAGUUAGAAUAAUAGACAAACACUUUAUUUAUUAAAUCAAAAAUAUUGAAUUUCAAUGAUUUGGUGGAUUUGCAAACAGCUAAAAUGAUGUACCAAAGCAAACUAUAACCUGCUAUCCAAGAAUGUACAACAAUUCUUCUCAACAAAAGAGGAGUAUAAUCUCAGAGAAAAAUCUAACUUAAUACAUUUUCAUGCACGCACAACACUUAAAACCUUUAGCAUAUCAUGUGGAAUUAAAUUAGGGAAUGGAUUAAGCAAAGAAGUCAAACAAUGUACUAAAAUGAUCCAAAUUUAAGAAACUGUUCAAACUACCAAUGUUUACAAAGUACAAGAAGAGGAAUUGUGACAAAUUAAACUUAUCGAAAAUAAGAUAUUAUCUAAUUAAGUGAAUCAUAACUGUUUAUUACCAGAACUGUCAUAUUUAGAAAUCCUUGAUGUACAUUGUGUCACAAAUUACAAACAAUAAGUAAAUAUAUGUGUUUGUGAGUAAUUGCUAUCAAAUCAAACUAUAAAGUGCCUUUCAUACAUAAAAUAAAUGUAACGCAAAGUGCUUUACAAAGUUAAAAACAAUACCCUGAUGACCCGUAUACCCCAUUAUCACAUUCGUACGCACGGACACAGAUACCAAACACACAACAUACACACGUAUGCAACUAUAUGGACACAUGAUUGCAUGGCUGAGUACAGAGGAGGCAUGUGUGUAAACACUAUCACAUGAGCCAUCUGCACCGUCAGACCAUGGCCACCAGGACGCUGACACAAAAGCGCCCCCACAAGCACGGCCGAUGGAACGUUGGAAAAUAAAAAUAAUAAAACUUGUAAAAUAAUAAGAAACACGAGUAGAGAUAACGAAUAAAAUAGAAGUUAAAAUAAUUAACACCAGGUAAAAGGUGGGUCUUAAGCCUGCUCUUAAAAACAUGAACGUUCUCCACAGCCCUGAGGUCCUCCGGCAAACUGUUCCAUAGACGGUGGCCAUAAUGGUGGAAAGAAGUGGGAAAGGGGAAGGAUUAAAUGAGCUUUGCUUUCUCCUACUCCUGUCGUAAUGAGAAAUAGAAAAUGUGUGAUGUAUUCUAUUGAAACUGUAUACAUAAACUUCUACCAACCAUUAGACUCAAACUUGACAGUGGAUGACAGUAUAAUUGAAACAUUUGGAAUAUAUUCUUUCUUCCACAACUGUUCUUUCAUACAAUCAUUUUUUUUAAUCAAACAUUUUACUGACAGACUAAUCAAGCUAAUGCAACCUCCCUUUCUUUCUUUCUGGUUCAUAUCUUACUUGACACGUAACAAGUCUCUUGACAUCUUUUACAAGUGUGUGUUUGUGUCCUGCACACACAUGCCACCACACACUGACUUGAUCAAUGCACUGUGCCUAAUGUGAGCUGUGUGUGAUUGGUUGCCAGCAGGGGGAUGGUCAAUGUGCUGCUUGCUGGGUUGUUUUUUUUGUCCGUCUUACUCUGCUAUUCUCUCAAAAAGCAGCAGUCUACCGAUGCCUCACCGCCUGACUCCGGCUCCCACUUGUGGGAUCAGAGAGGCGCACGCGUCAAACCGCACCAACUAGACAAGAGCUUCACUCUCUCAGAUAAAAGGCAGGAGGCUGCGGAGCAUCCGGAGUCGGACCACUGCACUGAGAAACAGCUUCUUCCCGAAAGCUGCUAGACUGCUGAACUCUGAUGGUGCUCUGUAGCAAUGAAUACUAAUCUGCCCCCGCUCCAUCCAACCACCAAUCCCAAUCUGCCGCCGCAUCCCUACACGAGGAACACAUAUGAAAUGGAUAGGCAAAACGGAUUCUAUCGGCACGUUGAUGUCCAGGACCACGUUCACUACAUCGUGGCCUUUUUUGUCCUGGUGAUCGGAACAGUGGGGGUUACUGGCAAUGCCCUGGUCAUGUAUGCAUUCUUCUGUAACAAAAAGCUACGCACUCCUCCAAACUUCUUCAUCAUGAACCUGGCGAUCAGUGACUUCCUCAUGGCCAUCACUCAGUCACCCAUCUUCUUUGUCAACUCCCUUUACAAGGGCUGGAUUUUUGGCGAAACAGGCUGUAAGGUCUACGCCUUCUGCGGAGCCCUAUUUGGCAUCGCGUCCAUGAUCAACCUCCUGGCUAUCUCCAUGGAUCGCUACAUCGUCAUCACCAAGCCUCUGCAGGCCUUACAGUGGACCUCCAAGCGACGCACUUACUACAUCAUCUGCCUGGUCUGGCUGUACUCUUUUGCCUGGAGCGUUGCACCUCUUCUGGGCUGGAGUUCUUACAUUCCGGAGGGCCUGAUGACUUCGUGCACGUGGGAUUAUGUGACGUCGACGCCUGCCAAUAAAAGCUACACACUGAUGCUAUGCUGCUUUGUCUUCUUCAUCCCUCUGGGCAUCAUAUCCUACUGUUAUCUGUGCAUGUUCCUGGCUACCCGCCAUGCAAGCAGGGAAGUGGAGAAGUUGGGCUCUCAGGUGAGAAAGACAACCCUGAUUCAGCAGCAGACCAUCAGGACUGAGUGGAAGUUGGCUAAGAUUGCCUUUGUGGUGAUCAUAGUGUUUGUGCUCUCCUGGUCACCCUAUGCAUGCGUCACCCUCAUUGCCUGGGCUGGAUACGCCAGUGUCCUGAACCCCUACUCCAAAGCCGUCCCCGCCGUCAUAGCCAAGGCCUCAGCCAUCUACAACCCUUUCAUCUACGCCAUCAUUCACUCUAAAUACAGGGACACUCUGGCUGCAAACGUGCCGUGUCUCUACUUCCUCGCCCAGGCUAGCCCACGGCGGGACUUCAUGUCGGUGUCGCAUAGCCAGUCCUCCUUUAGAGACUCAACACUGAGCCGACAAUCGUCCCUGUCCAAAAACAAGUUUUUCCAGGUUUCUUCCUCUGUAUCCACAAUAGACACUCAGGUUUGGAGCGACGUGGAGCUCGAUCCAAUGGACCAGCGCCGUUGUCUGAGGUCCAGCUAUUCCCUCGGAGCCCUGAAGGAGACGCAACGGAGCCACGAUAAGAGACCACAAUGUCAAGACAGGCUUGGGGGAGGGAAGGCCAGCAGGAGCCUGAAGCCCGGAAUGAAGAUAAGCACCUGGAAGAUCAAGAGGAGGAUGGCUAAACAUCAAGCAAAGAUGGCCGCCAAAUCAACACAAGAUGUCAAAACGGCCAAAACUGUCAGGUGCCCAGGGAAGAAAAGAGGAGGAGAAACGAGAAAAAGACAGAGGUAGCAGGUAGGUUACGUUAGCCUACAUGAAAUUAUUUGUCUGUUACAGAAUGUGAUAGUAAACUGGCUUUUUAGCAUUAAGCUAAUGUUACAUCAGGGGUGUCAAACUCAUUUUAGAUCGGGGGCCACAUGGAGAAAAAUCUACUCCCAAGUGGGCCGGACUGGUAAAAUCACGGCACGAUAACUUAAAAAAAUAAAUAAAGACAACUUCAGAUUGUUUUCUUUGUCUAAAAAUAGAACAAGCACAUUCUGAAAUUGUACAAAUAAUAUUUAUGUUGGAUUUUUUUUUUUUUACAAUUACCUGUUGCGGUUAAUAGUAUAUAUACUUUAUUUGUCGUUAUUUAUAUUUUCUGAAUAAAUUAUGUGAUAAUGUUCAUCAGUUGGUGUUAAUUUUCAAUCUAUCAAGAUAAACAUUUUAUCAAAAUCAAAUUACAGUAUGUUAUUUAUGUAGUUUGAUCAUUUUCCU